CCCUGAGCGCUCUGCGCGCCGCGGGACCGGUUGCCUGGAAACCGGUAACGCCGCGAUGGAGGCGGCCCCAGGUAAAGAGGACAUAUCUUUUCCCAAGGAACAGGAGGUAGCUGAUGAGAAGCCAGCAGAAGGUGCACAGGCAGAUCACCCUGGUGUCCAAGAAAGCAAAACUAGCCUUCCAAAGGAAUCACCAACUGCAGGAGAACAGGAGGAAGAAGUGGAGCAAGUGGAAUCAGACACUGAGAGCAUUGAUGCAGAAGGUGAUUUGGAAGAGCAAGAUAAUAGUGAAGGACCCUUGGAGGCACAUAAAAGGCCUGAGAAGAUAGAAAAGAAAAUCUCAGAAACUUUCUUCUAUAACUAUGAAGAUAUAUAUUCACGUCCAUUUGUCACUGAAGACUCUGGGAUACCAAUUAACCUUCUUACUCUUAAACAUUCUUUUGGAUAUGACUGCACCAGAAGUGUAAACCUGCUGCUGAUGGAUAGCCAAACACUGAUGUAUAUAGCAGGCAACCAAGUGGUGCUCCUGGACCUGAAAACUACAUCUCAAAGUUAUGUCCGGAGCAGCAGUGGUGGUGGAAUUGGGUUUAUCACGGCACACCCUACUAAGCAGUACUUUGCAGUAGGAGAAAAAGGAAAGAAGCCAAACCUCAUCAUCUACGAUUAUCCUUCACUGAGACCCUACAGAAUACUGCGAGGUGGAACAGAGGAAGCCUAUGUUUUUGGUGAUUUCAACGAUACUGGCACUUUGCUGGCCAGUGUUGGGAGCAGCCCUGACUACAUGCUGACUAUCUGGGACUGGAAACAAGAAAAGGUUAUGUUGAGGUCAAAAGCUUUUUCACAGGAUGUUUACAAGGUCACAUUUUCUGCUGAUAAUGAAGAGCAACUAACUACAUCUGGAGCAGGACACAUCAAGUUCUGGAAGAUGGCGCUCACAUUCACUGGUCUCAAGUUACAAGGAGCUUUGGGCAGGUUUGGAAAAACAGCAGUGACCGACAUUACAGGUUAUGUGGAGCUGCCUGAUGGGAAAGUUAUCUCGGGGACUGAGUGGGGCAACUUGCUGCUUUGGGAAGGGGGCCUCAUUAAAGUAGAGCUCUGUCGAGCUGGACACAAGCCCUGUCACAGCGGCCCUAUAAGCCAGUUAGUUCUGGAUGAAGGAGAACUUGUCACUGUUGGAAGAGAUGGCUUCAUUCGGGUGUGGAACUUUGAGACAAUAGAUGCUGCUGAUUCUGUGGAUGACACAGGGUUACUGGAGGUGGAGCCUAUGAAUGAACUUCACGUUGGCAGGAAUGUCAGUCUGAGUUUCAUGUCAAAAGUUCAUGACUGUGGACAGCCCAUUUGGUAUGCUCAGGAUAACAAUGGAGCAAUCUGGAAGCUGGAUUUGACUUUUUCAAAUAUGACCCGUGAUCCAGAGUGCCUGUGUACCUUCCACUCUGGAAGGAUUGAGGCCAUGAGUGUCUCUCCUGUUACAUACCUUAUGGCCACCACUGCUCUUGACCGGUCAGUGCGUAUCUAUGAUUUCAUCAGCAACAGUCAACUGAGUGAAAUUAAGUUUAAACAAGGAGGAACAGCACUGAUGUGGGCACCUCGUGUUGUAAAUCCUAAAGGAGGUCUAAUUGCUGUGGGCUUUGAAGAUGGUGUUGUCCGAAUAAUUGAAGUUUAUGAUCCCAAAGGACUGCCCAUUCUUGCAGGACAGACCAAUACAGAGAAUGCAGAGAUAAAUCUGAAACACGUUUUCAAACCUCAUGCUACUGCAGUUACAGCCUUGGCAUAUGAACGAAAUGGAGAUGUGCUUGCCACAGGGAGUAAAGACAAAACUGUUUUCUUUUUUGCUGUUGAAGAUGAAUACAGGCCAAUUGGAUUCAUCUGUGUCCCUGGGCCUGUGCAGGCAUUACAGUGGUCUCCACCUUCUCAUGUGAAGAGCAUGCUGCUCAUCCUUUGUGAGAAUGGCUUUGCUCUCCAGGUUCCUGCCCCUGUCCCUGAGGAACAGGAUACAGUGUCCACCUAUCAAAUAAAAAACCUGCCGAUGCAGUACUUCCAUUUUUAUAGCGUUAAAUCCCGAAUCAAGCUGGAAGAGGAGAUUGCACUGAGAGAGAAAAAAAAGCAUGAGAAGGAGAAAGCAAAGCUUGAAUGGAUAAAGCAGCAACAGGAGAUGGGAAAGGAGAUAGAAGAAGAAGAACCUGAAGAGGAACCCGAAGAAGAGCCAUUGCCACCUCUCUACAUACCAGAGGAGCCCAGUCCCAUCCUCUGUGGGUUUUAUUCAGCACCAGGAAAAUUUUGGCUUUCCUUGGGUGGGUAUGACUCAGGGUUCCUCUAUCACUGUGAAUUCUCCUCAAAUCACGAAGACGACCCUGAAAACAGGCAAGAUGAACCCUUUGAAGUGAUUGCUAUUGAGGACACCGACAACAAUCCCAUCCACCAAAUCUCCUUCUGUACCAGCAGGCUACUGAUGUUCUGUGGGAUGCAGAAUGGCGCACUGCGUGUUUAUCCCCUCCAAGAUAAAGACCUCUCAGUGAAUACCCUAAAGGAAUACUGGUCCUUCAAUGUACAUGACAAUGAUUAUGGCCAGAUCCAGGGGAUCUGUUCUAGUUACGAUGAUAGAUUUCUGAUUACCUGUGGUGGAGAUGGAAACAUUUUUACUUUCAACAUCUUGUCUCCAGAGGAUGUUCACAAAGAGCUAAAAGCCAAAAUCCCCUCUCCUAGGAGUGGUCUUGAGAAGGAGAAGGCUGCUGAAGACAUUGAGGAUCCCAAUGCCUACAACAUUGAGGAAGUCAAGCAGAAAAAGGAGUAUGAACGGAUAAUGAAGGAAGCUGAAGAAAAAAAAACCAAGAAAAGAGAGCAGUUAAUUGCACUGAGGCAUGAGUUUCUUCUUCUUCUUCAAAAGAAUCAGGAGUUGCCCAAGCACAUGCAGCUGCACAGAGAGCAGUUUGAGAUGGACCAUAGGAUCUUUGAGGAGCUGGAUAGGCAGACAGCACAGAGAAUCCAGUUAGUGCAAAAGGAGCUGGCUUGGGAGCAUGAGAAACACUUGAUUGGACUGCAGAAACUGCGAAAUCAGUUUCGAGACUCACUGGAAUUUGGCACUGUUGUUGUUCAUGCUAUUCAAAGCAAUCAUCAGAUUUCCACCUACAGACUUCUAGCAAUGUCUGAGAAAUACUACCAAGAUAAGGAACGUCCAUCAUGGAAGAAGACAGUACUUAAGCAGGCAUGGAAACAAGCAGAAGAAAGGGAGACUGUCACAGAGACAAGGCAUGCCAGCAUUUUUGAGGGCGAGGCAGAAAAGCCGAAGACGUCAGAGGUUCGAAAGCCAACCACGCGUUAUAUAGAAAGCAAACAUGAGCAAAUCAGAAGAAUUGUUGAGAAAUCUGACAAGGUGAAAGCUAAGAUCAUGAAGAGGAAGGCAGAGUGGGAUGAAUUAUAUAGGAGCAAACCUAGUGAUGAUUAUGAGAAUCCCAAAGAUGUUGAGGCCAUCAAAGAAGCACAGGAAAAUAUGGGAUGUUAUAAGUUGAAGACUGCCACUAACUACAGAGUCCCUGAACACAAGCAUAUCAACACUGAGAAGAAGGUGAUGCAGCUUAAAUCCCUGGAAUUGUUGAUCCAUAGGAGGAAAGUGAAUAUGAACAAGGAGAUCAUGUCUUUGCGGGAUCUCAAGGUUUCUAUUAUUGAUGAAAUCAAGCAUUUAGUGCAGGAAUUGAAAUCCAUACAGGGAGCCUUGGAUUUAUCAGAAUGUCUCCCUCUUCCCCUGAUCCCUCAGUUACACCCAGAUGAGGUUCCUGAAAAAAAAUUUGAAUAUGACAGUGACAUCCUCCUGAAGUUCAAAGAGGAGCAGGAGGCCAAGGCAAAGCUCCAGGAACAAUUAGAAGGGUCUCCUUCAUCUCGCGCAUUUAGGCAUGGGUUUCUUCGAGCUCCUUCCAUUAAAGAGAUUGACCCCCUGGCACAGGCUGCAGGUGCACACCCAAUGAAAAUAGCAUCAUCUGUGGUCACAGAGCAGCGAAAGGUUUCUGAGAUUGAGAAGGCAGAGCCAACAGAAAUGGAACUGGAAAUUUUAAUGAGGGAGAAGAUAAAAAAUCUAUACUUGCAGGAGACCUUGAUUAAAAAGAUCAACGCACUGGUGACCAACUUUGAUGCUGAACUUCGCGUUCUGCGGCACAAGAAACUGAAGCUGGAUGUGCAGAUGAAAAGUGCUGACCUGCGCUACAUCACGUGGUAUGAAGAGCUGCUUAUCCUGAAGAACCUUGAGAAACAUGAGAACCUUCUCCAGGGGCAUGUUAACACCCUCAUCAGGGAGCAGGAGGCCAUGCAAUCAAAAUUGAACAGCUACCUUGCACAGAUGGAGGAUAGAAAGUGUGAGAUUGUAAAGCUUCAGGAAUGUGAGAAAGCUCUUUAUGCCAACUUCCAAGCAUCCCUUGGAGAAAACAAUGAGUUUGCCCAUUUUCUGACCAAGGUUCUGAAGAAGAAAAUCAAGUGCAUGGAAAAAAAAGAAGUAGGAAGAGAAGCAGAUGAAGAAGAUGAGAAUGAAGAGGAGAAUGAUGAAGAGCCCACCUUGGGGACUGAUGAAGAAAAUUCUGGAUCUAAAGAGGAAGUCUUUGAUGACUCUGUUUGCCCAAAGAACUGCAAUGAGGCACUCUUCCGAAACACCAUCCAGCUCCGGCAGAAGUGGUUAGACAUUGAGAAAGCUUUAACAGAGGAGAAGAAAGUUGCUGCUAACCUCAGAAAGAAAUAUAAUGCCUUGGCCAAGAAGGCAAAAGUAGUGGAAACCAGUCUGGACACUGCAGACAGGGACCUGAAGACCUUUCAGUGGGAAAAGCAGCAAAGACUGAAUGAGCUAUAUGUAGUUGUUCCUUUGAAACUCCAUCAGGUGGAGUACUUGGUUAAUGGGGAGAUGCCCAGUGAUUUCUCCCAGGCUUUGGUAUUUACCAACCAGUCCUUAGAGUAUCUGCAGAAGAGAAUUGUGGACCUACAUAAUGAAAAGAGAAUGCAAAGAGAGAUCUAUAAGAAGGCCCAGGAGCAACAUAAGCAGCUUGUCCAGGACAAAAAGGAGAUGGAGAUAAAGAUUCGACAACUGGAAGAGAAGUGCAAUCAUCUGAUGAUGAAGAAGUUUGGCCGGCUGGUUGAUUUUGAAGCAGUUCAAGCACACUCUGUUAACAUACGCGUGGAAGAGUUGGAAGUGCAAAUAAUGGAGAAAGAAUAUGUGCAUUCCCAGGAGCUCAAAGAGUGGGAGGAGAGAAUCUUAGACCUGCAGCAGCAGCUUAUGAAGCUGACAAAGGAAAACACUAGCAAGCUGCAGCAGCUGAACCAGUUUUGCCGUGAAAAGCAGCAACUUGAAACUAAGCUGGCUUCGCUAAAGAAUGAUCUAGGAGUAGAAUUUCAGGGCACCCGAACUACUGACAUCAAAGAGAAGGCCAGGUUGGAGUCACAGCUCAAGCACGCAGCUCGUGACACAGCCCUCCUAAGAGAAGAAAUCAAUCUUCUAAGCAGAAAAGAUGGGUGCCUCUUUCUACAACCUUCAUCGCCGCAGGACUCUGAGACACCAACUGAAUCAUUCCCUGUCCUUACACCAGAAACAGUAACUAACAACAGCCCUGUCUCCCUUAAAAACGGACAUGGUUAACUGUGGCAGUAGUCAUCCCCAGAAGUGUGAAAUGAAUUGCUUUGGCUAUACGGGGGUUUAGUUGUAAAGGGUUGUAUUUGUUUCUCCUAUCAAAAUAUGACUGUAGUGACAGAUAUGGAAUAAAAAAGUGCAAAUACAACUGGGAAA